AUGGCUCUCUCACGCGCUACUCUUGCCCUAGUCCUCAUUGUUGUCCUAGUCGGGUCAGCUUUCGCCCAAGGACCUUCCGCGGCCCCAGCCCCGACUACAACCACAGCCGCGACACCUGCGCCCGUCACAGUAGUCGUGGCCCCCACACCAUCGACGCCUGCUCCCUUGUCGGUACCCCCAGUGGCCCCAAUGUCCCCAGCCCAAACCCCAGCCAUGACACCACCACCCAUGGCUGCUGCUACUCCUUCAUCUGUCCCGUCCACGGAGGGCCCCACCUCGGCCGACGCCCCGGGCCCAGAUGGUGAACAUCAUGAUGAGGAGGAGGGUGAUCACAGUGGUCAUGGUCAUGGCAAUGGUGCUUUUGUUCAAGGAAGCAGUGUGGCUUUGAUGGCUGUCCUUGGAGCAGUCGCCGUCUUUGCCUAA